AUGCAACUACAAUUUGCCAGACUCGCAAUAGCACCUCAUCUUGCUCCUACGUGGCAAGAACAAACUGCUGACUUGGAAACUCAUCCGUCGUACCUCACCCACAGUGAGAAGAAGAUUGAUCAAAUUGAAAGCCGCUUGGGCAAUAUUGAGGUACUCCUCAAGAAUAUCGCCAAUCCAGCUGCACCUAUCCAGUUUCACUAUGACCCGACGGCCGCAGGCAACACACCACAAACCGGUAGCAGUAGUAUCCCAACUGCUGCCUCAACCGGCGACUUUGACAGCAGCGACGAUGAAUCCGCCUACGGUGGUGAUACGGGCUUGAUUGCCCAUACCACCUUUGCCAGCGAGUUCCUCGAGAGUGCCGUCAAGAGAACAUCCCUCCGCGAAGUGAAUCCCAAGAUGGCUGCCGGCUUGAAUAACCUAAGCCAAUUGGUCGAGAUGCAAAAACGUCGAUCAAUAAGUCACGGUCCCCGGUUUCCUCUCCAGAAGCCUGUGCCGCCGGGUGGCAUCUCAAAGCUCCCUAUGCCGCCCAUGCAGGCAGUUGUGAGUCUUUUAAAGCACGCCAAAGCUGCUCCGCCAACCCUGUUCACCAUCAUGUGUUCGCUCGUCGGGCUGCCAGACUUUACCGGGCUGUGUCGCAGGGUGUAUUUUGCAACAGAGGAGUUUUCUGACGCCACAUUCAUAAUUGUAAAUGCCAUGCUCUAUAACCUUUUCAUGGAGCAAAACUCACUUGCUACCGACCCCAUGGCACGGGAUGAGUACCACGCAUAUAUGAGUCAGAGUCAAGCCAACCUUGAGACUGCUCUUGCGAAUACACACCUAUUCCUGGCAACAAGAGUCGAAAAUGUUCAAGCAUUACUACUAGGCGCUCUCUAUGCUGUGGAUGUAUCCCGCCCUUCAGUCGCGUGGCAUUUAUCCUGCAUGGCGGCUCAGCUCUGCCAGACUGGUGGAUUUCAUCGCUCGGAAUCGCUCAAAUUCGACCCGCCAGCAACAGCCAAGUUAAAGCGGAUACUCUUUUGGCAUGUGUACACUCUUGACAAAGGUCUAGGCCUCAGGCUUGGUCGAGCCCCAGUCAUACAUGAGUGUGACAUUGAUAUCCCGCGUGUAUUCGAGUUUGAUGGUCUGGGGCAAGAAGACUCAUCAACCAUUCCGACCCUCUGGAUCAAGAUGAGCUAUCUGCAAAGUCGAAUCUACGAGCAGUUGUAUAGCCCGAGCGCCCUGAAAAGCCCACCGGCAGAUCUCGUUGAACGAGCAAGAGCCCUUGCCAGCGAGUGCCGAAAAUUUGAAGUCGAGGCCGACAAGGCCCGUAACGAGACGUACGCCUACCUCAAGGCGGUCAAUUCGUCUGAUCUGGUUGACGUGUUCUUGCGAGGCGACGAGGUUCAGUUCCAGGUCACCUUGACACUGGUAUAUCGCGUCAUCCCCGCGCCUGAAGGCUCAGUCAGUCGCUUUUGCGACGAGUGCUUGGCCACGGCUCGAAAAGCCAUGAAGGUGCACCAAGAGUGCACCAAGAGGUCUACGAUAGGUGGCUAUUUCAGAUCAAUUUAUAUCCAUUGGAACCUUCUCCUUACCCCAUUCGCGCCAUUCUUCGUCCUCUUUUGCUACGUCAUCGAAACCGGCUCCCUGGAUGACCUCCGAUUACUCCAGGAAUUCGUCGACUCUCUCGACGAAGCAAGAGACGCCUCGGAGACGAUUGAGAAGCUCUAUCGUCUAUGCCAAGUCAUGUGCGACGUGGCCGGCCUCUACGUGGAAGCCAAGUCCCAACAGCAGCAGGACCAGACCAUGGUCCCCAUCGGCGACGAGUUCGAAAUGUACCUCAGCCAGCUGGGCUUUAUGCCCACCGAGGACCAGGCCAUGGGAAAUACCAACGCGGCCGGCGGUCCACCGCCACUCAGUGGUCAGGCCGCACAGAUAGCGGACUGGUUCUCCGGGAACCGCAAUAUGAUGGGCCUCUUGGAGGAAGAUUUAUCGCAUAUCGAUUCAUAUCGGUGGAUGCAGCAGCAGCAACAGCAGCAAGCGGCACAGCCGCAGCAGAUAGUAUCUCCGCAGGUACCUCUGGCACAACAAACCUCUCCCAUGUAA